GGAGGGAAACAAGCACUUCAUCCUGGAUUUUGGUGUCUAACAGGAGUGUGAAUGAAAUGCAUACAGUGUUCUUGCCUGCUCCCUCAGGACAGCCUUUUGGUUUCUGCCUACUUGCUAGGCGGAAGUUUUCUCAGAUUCUUGUCCUUGUACUACUAAAAUUAUCCCUAACUGAAGAUGCAUCCAGACCUGUCUCCUCAUCUGCACACUGAAGAAUGUAACCUAGUUAUCAGUCUGCUCAAGAAGUGUCACAAGGAGCACAACAUUUUGAAAUUUUUUGGCCAUUGCAAUGAUAUUGACCGUGAGAUGCGGAAGUGCUUAAAGAAAGAGUAUGAAGAAAGCAGGGCCAGGAACCAGGCGAUGCGACGGAGGCUACUUAAUGCUCACAGAAACUCAGAGAAGUGAGCUGUGCCGUAGUUGGACAGCUGCAUCUCAAUAGGGACACUCAGUUGAAAGUUGACAGAAUACUUCUUUCCCAUCACCAAUGCCUCAGCCUGUGGUUUGUGAAAUGGUGAAAAAAUAAAUGCGCCUAAAACAUACUCAUUCCCAGCAAGGCAAACAAUGUGGAAAAAACCAUAUAAUAAAUGAUCACUCACAAUUUAACUUAAUUUUUGAUCUCUAAAACAAAACUAUUGUGGCAAGUCUUUGUUCUGGCAUAGUUUUGUUAUGAUUGUUAAGUAAUGAGGAAUCAGUGUGUGUGGAGUAUUACGUACUCAAGGCUGCUAUAUUCCCUACCUUGUGUUGAGUUGCAUUUAUUUCUUUGUGUUUCACGGUUUUUCUUUCAUCUCUUUUUUUUUUUCUUCUUGCAAAACACUGAAUGACUUUUCCAUCAUUCUUUGUAAUGUUGUGAUAACACUACUUAAAUGAAUUAGCAAAAAGAAAUUUUAAACAGAUGUGUCUUGAAAUUGGAAAUUGCCUAUCAAGUAAUAAUUGGAGUUCUAGUAUUUUUAUUGGAGCUAAAAUCAUGAAACUACCAUCUUCCACUGAGAAGAUAAAAACCCUUCCUGCCAACCAUACUUACAGUGUAGACUGUUGUAAGACAAUUUGUUCAUCAUACCCAAAGCAAGCGGCUUUAGAAAUUCAGAAUGGAACAUUUCUAGGGAUUUACAAAGCAUUGCCUUGAUUUUUGUUGAGUACAAUCAAUGUGUGCCGAGUGAUUUUUUGAAGAGGAGUGCUGCCAAAAAUACAAGCUAAAUAGUUCUUCCACAUACUCCGGUACAAAGGUGAAGUCAUGUUAUGACUAUUGCUGUUGAAGGGAAACUCACAUUGAAGUGAAAGAAAGUGUAACUUGCCUUUCAGCUAGGCAAGUCAACUAGUAUUGUGUUAACCAAGUUGCCUCGUUAGCCUAUAAGAGCUGUUUAUAUGCUAUCAAAUGGCAGAAAGUCCUCAACAAGUCUCUGAAUUCAGAAGAUUUGAUAUUAAAAUAUACGUUGCUUUGUGCAGCGAUGGAGUUGCUUCUCUGGGUGUCUGCUGGAUUCACCUUAUUUUUAAAUGACUUUUCUGUUCUGCCUAGCAACAAAAGACUAUUUUAAAAAAAUAAAUUUUAUUGAGCCAAAUAUACUAAGUGUCUUGAAACCUUUUGAAGAAAAGGUGCCUAUUCUACAAUGAAUUCUAUGGUUUGUUUUAAGAACCACUGUUGACAUUCAAUCUUGAAAUUAGUACACGCACCUGUUUUUGGAAGGAAGCUGUAUUUUGUGAUCUAUUUUGAAAGAUUAAUUAGAAUAAUUUUACUUAUUUUUCAAUGCCUGGAUGGACCCAGUUAAAUUGGUAAAACUUAACCACAAACGUUUUCAGUCAAAGUUCCAAGAAAAACUGAAGCAAUUGUUUCUGCAUCUUUUGACAUGCUGUCUGCUUUCUUAGAACAAGUAAAUGAUGCAUUAUUUGAAUUAAAUACUUGAGUGG